AUGUCCUUUCGCAAGCGAAAUAUCGGCCUGUCUGCAGGUGUCGACCGCGCCACUAUUCCCAAUGCCUCUGCACAGCCAGCCUCCCUCGAAUCCGGUCCUGGCAUCCGCCCCUCCCCCGAUGAUGGACGCCCAACCACUUCCACGGGAGCACCAUCGCUUGAUAGCCUUCUCGCUGGUCAUGCAGGACUUCCUCUUGGGAAGCUACUGCUGAUCGAGGAGAAUGGGACCACAGAUUUUGCGGGCGCAUUGCUCCGAUACUAUGCCGCAGAGGGGGUGGUUCAAGAGCAACAGAUCCACGUGGUUGGGGUCCCUGAGCAAUGGGGUCGCAGUCUACCGGGCUUGAUCGGCACAGCAGAGUCCUUGGAAAAGAAGUCGGAUAGGCGCAAAGACGACAAAAUGAAGAUUGCUUGGCGAUACGAGCGGCUAGGCGAGUUCGGCGCGGGCAUUGCGGGCUCGCGGGGUGCCCCUGCCCCUGCUCCAGCUGGUGAACAGGAUACAACCGCAAAGCCAGCCUUCUGUCACGCCUUUGAUCUCACAAAGCGUCUCACACAUCCCGGCAUUACCAAUAUGUCUUUUAUUCCAUUGGUGCCCUCAAGGGGAUCGCCCUUUGGCUCGAUUCUUCAAAAGCUACAGGCCGCCAUCAGCUCCAGUGCCCCAAAUUCUGUGCAUCGCAUUGUCAUCCCGUCCUUGCUCAAUCCCACGAUGUAUCCCCCCGACGCUUGCCAGCCUGAGUACGUGUUGCAGUUCUUCCACUCUUUGAGGGCAUUGAUGAGCGCAUACGCCACUCGGGUGACUGCCAUGAUCACCAUUCCUCUAUCCUUGUUCCCCCGUUCGUCUGGUCUGACUCGGUGGAUCGAGCUGCUGAGUGACGGCGUGAUCGAGCUCUGCCCCUUCCCUCAUUCCGCAGACGCGGUGGCGACCUCCGGGGCUGCAACAUCGGUGGAGGAGCCACCACAAGGCAUGCUGAAGACGCAUAGACUCCCAGUACUGCAUGAGCGCGGCGGCGGAAGUGAUCAGAAUGUGGGACAGGACUGGGCAUUUAUCCUGAGUCGUCGGCGAUUCGAGAUCAAGCCCUUUAGCUUGCCACCAGCAGAAGGCGACACCGAAGCGCAAGAUGCAUCCGCGCCUGGCGGAAUGCCGAAGAAAUCGGACCUCGAAUUCUGA